UGGGGGAUUGGGCCCAGGGUUGCUCCAGUUGUUGAGGCCUGUACUGAACUUGUGUUUGUGUCGCGAGCGACAAGGAAGCCAAUAGACGCACGCGGAGAGCUUCGGGACCCCCCUCCCCUUAAUAGAAAUGUUGGAGCACCGCAGCCGCGGGCAAACUUGCCUGUCCUUCCGAGCGCGCGGGUGUCUGCGCUCCCGGAGCCUCUCUAUCUGGAACGGAAAGGCGCGCGCGCGCCUCCCGGUGUGACCCGCGUCCACAGGUGGACUCGUCUGACCUCCUGAACGGAAGCCAUGGGCUCCGUGCUGCCGGGCUCCUCGCGGGGUCUGAAGCCGCCGCCGCCGCCGCUCUCCCUCGCGGACAUCAUCACCUCCGACAUCCUGCACAGCUUCCUGUACGGCCGCUGGAGGCACGUGCUCGGCGAGCAGCCGCAGCAUCACCUGCAGCACGAGGACCUGCGCACCGCGCCGAGCCCCAAGACCGCCUUCACCGCCGAGGUGCUGGCGCAGUCCUUCUCCGGAGAGGUGCAGAAACUGUCCAGCCUGGUUUUACCCAGUGAGGUGAUCAUCGCUCAGAGCUCAGUUCCAGGAGAAGGACUGGGGAUCUUCUCUAAGACCUGGAUCAAAGCGGGGACAGAGAUGGGGCCGUUCACGGGGCGCCUGGUGUCCCCCGAACACAUCGACCUGUACAAAAACAACAACCUGAUGUGGGAGGUGUUUAAUGAAGACGGGACCGUCAGGUAUUUCAUUGAUGCCAGUCAGGAGGACCAGAGGAGCUGGAUGACCUACAUCAAGUGUGCGCGGAACGAGCAGGAGCAGAACCUGGAGGUGGUUCAGAUCGGCAGCAGCAUUUUUUACAAGGCUGUGGAGACGAUCCCGCCGGACCAGGAGCUGCUUGUUUGGUACGGAAACUCCCACAACACCUUCCUGGGAAUUCCUGGAAUUCCAGGAGGAGAUGAGGAGCAAACGAAGAAGAGUAAAAGUGAUGAGCUCCACACUUGUGAUGGCUCCUCCUCCUCUUCAUCGUCGUCUUCCUCCUCCUCUUCAACCAGUCUGGGCCGCAUGCGGUGUGUCAUAUGUCACCGUGGCUUCAAUUCCCGCAGCAACCUGCGCUCUCACAUGCGCAUCCACACCCUGGACAAGCCCUUCGUGUGCCGCUUCUGCAACCGCCGCUUUAGCCAGUCCUCCACCCUGAGGAACCAUGUGCGCCUGCACACCGGGGAGCGCCCCUACAAGUGCCACGUCUGCCAGUCCGCCUACUCCCAGCUGGCCGGCCUGCGGGCGCACCAGAAGAGCGCUCGGCACCGGCCCACUGGAGACGGCAGCAACCCCGGGGCGGGUGUGGUUGUGGUGGGGGGAGGAGGGGGAAUGCACUCACCCCCUCCGUCUCACCCACCACAGCUGACCGCCGUGCCCCACCCAGCAUCUCUAGUUCAUCACAUCCCGACCAUGGUGCUGUGAUCACAAACCACACUUAAAAUAAGACCCCAAAAGCUGGUGUGUCGCCCCCGGGGUAGCCCCUUAACAAUAGACAAACACACACACACACAGUCUUUUAUUGUGGGAAAGAAACCCAACCAAUCAGAGUUCAGAAUGGACCUUCACCUGAACAAACACUUCUGGCUCCUAUUGAGCCUUCCGACAACUGCAUGAUCAAAUAUGUUAACCUGUCACUGUGAACGAGAAUAUUAAUGUUGUUUGGUUUGCAUGCUCCUGGGUCUCUGUUAAAGCUUGUCAUAUGUGCUUCCCAGCACAAGGGGGCGCUGCAGUCUGUGCACUGAAACUUCUUCACAGGAAAGCAUUGAGUUCCUGUUGCUUCUCAGUCAGGCUGACUCACGUGUGAAUUACAGGAGUCAAUCUAAAUUAAAUUCCUGUCACGAUCUUGGUCACAAGGAGGAAGUGAUGUAAUGUUUGCGCAUGCGCGGAUGGAUUGAGUAGCCGUUACAGAUCCGGUAGCGACAAGGGGAUCGGUGCUAAACCGGACUAUGGCUCCACUGUCGUCCAACCUCACAUCACCCAUUACAACCAGAAAAAAAUACAAGCUAAAACUGUACUUCACAUGAACUCCAUGGUUUAUCUUUAAUUUAAUUGAAUUUAAAAAAAAAUUUAGGUUUUUGAUCCCAACGAAGUGGAACACAUGUUAGCAUCUAGUAAUUAUUCAGAAUUUACCAACUCAGGUCAAUAAGAACCUUAAAACCAGAUUUAGUUCUACUUGAAAGAGGUUCUAGGAUAAAAAUCAGAUCAGUAAUGUCUUCAAAACACGUUUUUAUUAUCAUUGCACCAACAUGUGAGUGUUGGUCUGCUGGUGUCACAGCCCACAGCCACGCCCAAUCAGUCCAGGAGUAUCCAAAGGACUUUGUAUGUAGUCCCAUAAUGAAACACAGUUUUGGAGUUUUAUCACAAAUGUGUUCAACAAAUAUCCAAAUCAAUCGAUCUGGAUCAGUCUGUUUCCUUUCUAUGUUUUGGAAACUAGAAGUUUCUAGAGCUGAGAGCCCAGCUGCUCUUCUUCUUGACUUUCACUAUUUCAGUCCGUUCAAAACGCCAGCUAAAAUACAUAACAAUGGGGAGACCCAAAGAACCAGAUAGCUACAAUUUAAAGAGAAACAUUGCAGAACAAGAAGAAGUUUAGCUACAUACUACAGCGUUAACUGGAAUAACGUCAGCUAAGGCAGACAAACACAAACAUCAGAAAAAUCCUGUGAAGAAGUUUUCUAGUGACCGGAAGAGGCAGAUAUCAAGAUGUUUUAUUAAUGUUAGUGUUGAUGUGAAUAUAAAUUGUUAUUGACACUUUUUAAAAGAUAAGAGCUCUGUAAAUGCUUCCUGAUCAUUCCUUCCCUAACGCCUGAAAUUUUUAAAGUGAUUCUCAGAAACUCUUCAGAUUCCUCACAUGACACCUGAUGGGCAAAUUUGAUUCUUUUUAUGUAAAUGGUUUUAAAACUGAGGAAAAUCCAACUGUGAAUAUAAAUUUAGACAAGUUUAUGCCCACAAGAUAAUCCAGUCACUUUAUUUCUUUAUAUGUAUAAGAUAUGUAUCAGUAUAUUAAAUGAGUCACAAUUUCUAUAAAGGACAAUGUAUUUAAGCCUAUAAAAUCCUAAUAAAGUAUUCCUGCA